UUUUUUUUAACACGAGUUUUGCGUUUUAAGAAAUUUAAAAAUGUUAGUUUCACGAUUUGCAAGAUCGCUUUUAAAUUCCACAAGCAGACAAAUUUCUCCAGUGUUGCUUAGCAAUUACGAAUUGCGGAAUGCUACAUCUGAUUCAACCACGAAACAGUCAACUUACAAUGCAACAUUACAUGCCAAUCAUGUUAAUGCCAAGUAUGGUGGACGUUUCAUGGUUAGUAUGCUUCCUGGUGAUGGAAUAGGCCCUGAAAUGAUGGGUUACGUCAAAGAAAUUUUUCGCUUAGGUGGAAUUCCUGUAGAUUUUGAAGAAGUUCAUUUAGACUCAACCACGCAACAUAUUGACAAUGUUGAAGAAGCUGUGAUAUCUAUUAAACGAAAUGGAGUUGCUCUUAAAGGGAAUAUUGAGACAAGAUCAAAUAAUCCUCUGUUUAGAUCAAGAAAUGUGAUUUUAAGGUUAGAAUUGGGUUUAUUUGUUAAUAUUGUACAUUGUAAGAGUCAACCUGGCAUUAAAACAAGACACAAAGACGUGGACAUAGUCCUUAUUAGACAAAACACAGAAGGAGAAUACAGUUGUCUUGAGCAUGAGAGUAUUCCUGGAGUCAUAGAAAGUUUGAAAAUUGUAACUUCAAAAAAGUCAGAGGAAAUCGCAAGAUUUGCUUUUGACUAUGCAGUGAAACAUAAUAGGAAAAAAGUAACUGCUGUCCACAAAGCUAAUAUAAUGAAGUUAGCAGAUGGUUUAUUUCUUAAUACUUGUACUGAUAUCGCCAAAGAAUAUCCACAAAUAAAGUUUGACAAUAUCAUUAUUGAUAACUGCAGCAUGCAGCUUGUCUCUAAUCCUCAUCAGUUUGAUGUUCUGUUGUUGCCCAAUUUAUAUGGAAAUAUUUUGAAUAACAUUGCCUGUGGUAUUGUUGGAGGGCCUGGUAUAACUUCUGGCCAAAACUUUGGUCAUGAAUAUGCUGUGUUUGAAACUGGUUCUAGAAAUACUGGUAAAAGUAUAGCUGGGAAAAAUAUUGCCAAUCCUGUUGCAAUGCUGAAUGCAAGUGUUGAUCUCUUAGAAUAUUUAGGACUUAAGAAGCACUCAAGUAUUCUUAGUGAAGCUAUUAAUGAAACAAUAAAUGUUCAAAAGGUUCACACUCCUGAUCUUGGUGGCACAGCAAAAACUACUGAUGUUAUAGAGAAUGUUAUCAAAAUUGUUCAAGAAAAGACGAGAAUCUGAGUGUAGAUUUUAUUUAUUUAUGAUGCAUUUGAACUAAAUUAUUAGCUGCAAUUUCCUCUUCAUGAUUUAUUCAGGAAUUUUGUCAGUACUUACUGGAUCUUAAAGCGACAUGUAUUUGAUGUAGUCUUUCAUUUUGUUGUAUUAUAAAAAUGUCUAUGCAUUAAGGAUGAAUAAAAAUUAAUGUACCCUACAAUUUAACUUCUCAUAAGGGAGUGAAAAAUAGUCCCACCAAAUUCAGAAAAAGGCCUGUUUUAAUAAAUUAUUGGACUAUCUCUAAUUAGUUAAGACUUUUUAAAGACUGAGAAAAAAUCUAAUACACCAAUGUUUAAAUUCAUGAAGAAUACCCCCCUCCCCAAAGAAAUAAUAUGCCUUUGAAAUCAAACUAAAUAUUUUGAAUCGCUUAAAGGCCUAAAUUAAUUUCUUUCAAAUAAUCUUAAUCCAAAAAAUAUGUGUAUAUAACUAAAGCCCUGGUUUCCUAGAAGCGAAAUCACCGAGCUUUGACGUCGCUAUUCAGCAUGACGCUGAAAGCAAAGUCAAGUGAUUCCGGCGUGCCACUCACAGCGCCGAUUUUGCUCGGGCGCACAUGCGCAGAAGAAUCAACUUUUCCUCUCGGCGAGAAGCAACGCCGAAGGUCGGUGAUUCCCUCCUAGGAAACCAAUGCUAAAGAGCAAAAAAAUAAAAAUGGCUUUAUGAAGAGUUAACUGAACUUUUGGUUGAUAAUAUUAAAAUCUGAACCAAAAUAACACCUGCUUAUUUUAUUUUAUUUUUGAAUUAUGUUCAUUUUACAUUUUGGGGACUGGAUUAUAUGCAUAAAAAAUUAGUAUCAUAUGUAACAGAUAUUCAAAAAAGUUGUCAUUGUGUUAGACUGGUAAGUCAAACUGUUUUCUAUUAUAAAGUUAUUUUGCAAACUGUUAAUUUAAUUUAAAAUGCAUUUUUCUUCAGCAAAAAAUUUUCAAACUUCCAAUUUUUGGCCUGAUAACUAUUUCCUUAUUUGUGUGUCGUGAUCUCACAGAGUUUGUCUUGCUAAAAAAUUGAUGUUUUAAAAGUUUUCCUUGAAUCAAAACCUAAAAUUUUAUUUUUCUUCUCGCAAUUUAGUUAAAUGUGAAAUGUUACUGGUACUUAGAACAUAUAUUUUUGUGAUAAUUUGCCAGCCAUUUUCGAGCAUAUUUCCUGUGCAAGUGACAAGUGCCUUUUGCUAGCUAAUAACUUUACUAAAUACUGUCCAUGUAGCAUUGUUAUAGAUUUCAUAUUUAUAAUUGUUUUAAAUGGUGUUGUUAGGAUAAGUAUUUUGAAGAAAGUUAAAAUGUUUUGUUAUAUCUUUUGCUUCAAACUGUUUUCUGAAUAUGUUUUUUUUUUCUUUUUCUGUUGAACAAUAACCCUUGUAUUACAAGUUCUCUCUCUGUUAUGUGUGCACACCCAUAUAAAAAAAAAUUCUCUAAUUUUUUUUUUAUAUUCUUAUUUCAAUUGAUUUAUUUAUUUAUGUGUAAUAAUAUCUGAAAAUCUGAAAAGCUCUUUUUUUUUAAUACGACAGAAUGUACUUAAAAUUCAUUUCUUACUCAUGUAUGUCUUUAAAAUUUAAAACAUUUUUGUUAUUUGCUUUCAAAUCAUAUUAAAUUAACUUAUUACAAUGAUAUUAACUAUAAUUUAGAUUUCAAAUUGGAAUUUUAUUUUAUUUUCUUGCAAUUGUUUAUUCAUGCAUAUAUUCUAUGAGUAUAUUUUGUUUUAUUUACUUGCUCCCAAUCAAAUAAAACAAAGUAGUAUAAUGUUGUGAGUUUUUGUGAUAUAGUUUGAAAAACUUGUAAGUUAGUUUUUUUUAAAUACAUUUAGUUAUUGUACAUAGAUCUUUUACUUAUUUAAACUCUGAGAAAAUGUAUCUGUACUUAGUUUGCAAAGAUGAUUUCUUUAACUAUCUAGUCUAUUUCUAUUAUAAUCAUAUUGCUGUUAUAAUAGCUAAAUCAAUGGCAUAUAUUGUAAGUUUAUCUUAUAUGUGUACAAGACAUAUUAAAGGCUUUUUCGUUAAUGUUUAAAUGUUUUUGAUAAAAUGUUAGUGUUUUUAAAAUCUUAAAACUUGCAUUUGCUGCAAAAACUUUGCCAAAUAAUUUAAUAUUUAACAAAAGCAAUCUUAUAAAUGUAUACUUUUGAUCAAAGAUAUUUUACUGUCAUGCAUGUUUAUACGUGUAAGAUUUUGUCUUUGUAUGAUCUGUAUGCUCUCUAAAUAUAAUAGAUGUAUAUUGUAUAAGAAACGCGUUUUUAUUCUCGUGUAAUCCUUGCUACUUUUUCAUAUUACAGGUAAAAACCUUGUGAUUUGAAUUAAUAAUCGGGGGGGGGGGAAUAAUUAAAACUUCAAAAGUAUAUAUAUCAGGAAAUAUUGCCAAUUUUAAUUUCUUGUUGUUGAUGAAACAGAUUUUAAUCGAUCAUUUUAAAAUCAGUUUAGCGACGCAUUGUUCUAUAAUUUGUUCUCGUGACCAUUAAAGAAUUGGUUUCGGCUACCUAUUUCUGUAAUCCUUUCAUAAUACAAUUUAUUUUGAGCAAGAGUUUAAUGUACAUGUGUUUUGUAGAAAGUUAAUCUGAUUAUAAAUACUCAACAGCAAUCAAUGAAUUUUAACUAGAAUUAAAAUUACACAC